AUGGCCGCUUCAUCCAGGAACCCAGGCGGCUUCGGCUUCACCAUCCGCGCGGCCGCGGUGGAAGACCUGGCGGCCAUCACCGCAAUCUACGGCCACCACGUCCUCGCCGGUGUCGCGACGUUUGAGCUGGAACCCCCGUCGGUGGCCGAGAUGACCGAACGAUAUGACAAGACCAGGUCCUUCAACAUGCCCUACUUGGUCGCUGUCGGCCGUUCAGUUCCAGAUGCUCCGGAGGAAGUGGCUGGGUACGCGUACGCCGGCAAGUACCACCAACGGAUUGCCUACGAAAACACAGUCGAGGACAGCAUCUUCCUCUCGCCCAAGUUUACCGGACGUGGGCUUGGCCCCCUUCUUCUGACCGCCCUCAUCGACGAGUGUACCAGCCUUGGAUACCGCCAGAUGAUGUCCCUCAUUGCCGAGCCUGCGGGUGCUGGCGCUGCGAGUGCGCACAUUCACAAGAAGAUGGGGUUCCGUACCGUUGGAACCCUCGACAAGGUCGGAUGGAAGAUGAACCGAUGGCUGGAUGUCGGUCUCUUUCAGCGUCCCCUCGGCCCGGGGUCCAUCACGCCCCCUCAUACAGCAUAG